UGGAAUACUGUUUCAAUAAUAAGUCUAAGUGUUUAACAAUAAAAACAGAUGGAAAUAUUUAAACAGCUUGUACUGUAUCUGCUUUAUUGAUAGAUACUUGUGUUUCAUGUAGAUCAUGGUGUCCUAAUUUUUCUAAUUAAUCUCACUACUAUUAUCCAAGUAUCUGAAGAUCUUGGCACGAUUCACGGCAUUUUAGGCUUGCCAUAUAUAUGCAGCAUGGAACCAGACAGUUCAAUGAUGGUAGUAUUGGUUGUGGAAAGUCAUGCAUCACAAAAUUUGCAAAUAGCCCCCUGGAGUACUUGCAAUAAUAGCAUUUAGGUCAGAAAUAAAGGGUAUUACGUCUGUUAUGUACGCAUUAAUUUGAGUAUUUUCUCACUAUCUGCAAGUUAAUUUUUCUUAAUUUAUGAUUAACAUUUGUACUUCAUCUUUUUGUUAUUUUGUCCUAUUUUCAAAGAAUUGCUGCCAAAAGAUUCAAUAGUAACUCUAAAAGGAAUUGAUAUAUACUUGAUUGGGUUGCACCCUGCAGAAGAUGGGUCUGAAGGUGGUUCUGUUCGACAUCCACAGUCCCUUACAGGAAGUGCCUGAUGCAGUAAGCUUUAUAAAGGGAGAUAUCUGCAACUACCUGGAAGUAGAGGCUGCAUUCAGGAAUGUAGAUUGUGUUUUCCAUUUAGCUUCUUAUGGCAUGUCUGGAAGGGAGCAGUUAAAUGUAAAGCUGAUAGAGGAAGUCAAUGUUAAAGGAACAGAUAAUGUAAUCAAGGCAUGCCUGUGGAAUGGGGUACCAAGACUUCUUUACACAAGUACAUACAAUGUUGUGUUUGGGGGCCAAGUAAUUAAAAAUGGAGAUGAGUCGCUCCCUUAUCUUCCACUGCAUCUUCACCCAGAUCACUAUUCAAGGACCAAAUCUUUAGCCGAGAUGAAGGUGCUACAUGCAAAUAGCACAAAGCUAAAGAAAGGCACUGGUGUUUUACGGACAUGUGCCCUGCGGCCGGCAGGUAUCUAUGGACCUGGUGAACAAAGACACCUUCCAAGGAUAGUUAAUUAUAUAGAGAAUGGUCUCUUCAAGUUUGUAUAUGGGGCAGCGGAUUGUCUGGUAGAGUUUGUCCACAUUGACAACCUUGUUUCCGCACAAGUACUGGCAUCAGAAGCUCUAACAGGAGGAAAAAAUUACAUAGCAGCUGGCCAAGCUUAUUUUGUCUCUGAUGGCAAACCAGUGAACAACUUUGAAUUUUUCAAACCACUGGUGGAAGGCCUUGGCUACAAGUACCCCACAAUUCGACUGCCACUCAGACUGAUCUAUUACUUUGCUUUCCUAACAGAAAUCAUUCAUUUUUUUGUAGGUCGCAUUUAUAAUUUUCAACCAUUUCUGACUCGCACAGAAGUCUACAAAACAGGAGUCACUCAUUAUUUCAGCAUACAGAAGGCUAGAAAAGAUCUUGGGUAUGAUCCACAAGAGCAUAGUUUAAAUGAAAUAGUGGAGUGGUUUAAAGCACGUGGUCAUGGGCGGAAAUCAUCAACGUACAGCAUUAGACACCUUGUGUUGGAUGUCAUAUUUUUACUGUUGCUGUUGAUAGUUAUCAUGUCUUGGCUUCCAGUAGUUUCAGCAUAAUAUUCCACGCAGUUAAUAUUCUACUGAACAUUCCUUACAGCCCAGAGCCUAAUUGGUAAAGUUUGAAAAUUGGCACAGGUUUGAAAAUAGAGGAAACAACAUGACUGUUCAAUGUAUUUUCAUGAUAAAAUGAGCUUCAAUUACCACUGAUAGUCUGAGAUCAACGUAGUGAAUUAGUUUUGGCUUUCCCAUCAGGGUAAAUUAAUGGGAAGAAGAGUUGGGGCCAGAAAAGGCAUAAGAAGGCAAUUAUCUUUCCUUUUUGGUGGCAUGUCUUGCAAAAUUAGAGAGGCAAGGUAGUGAAUGGGAGAUUUUUUUUUUCUUUAGCGUCGGGUGGUUUUGAAAUAUUUAGAUAACAUCUUUGAUUGUUGGAAUAAGAGAGUGGCAAAGAAAUAUGUUGAGAAGGUGCCGAGGAGGAAGAAAGAGAGUCUCCCUUUAUAAAUCCUACAAAGGCUGACAUCAGGCUAGAAGUAAAGCAAUAGUAUAAUUUUAACAUCGAACCUGGGUCAGGUUUGGUCAUGAAUUGUGGAAUACCUGAGGAUGCUGUGGCAUAACUUGAUUUUGUGACCAAGGAGGUGGUUUAUGAUAGAUAAGUUGAGAAACAUCCUUGCCCUCUAGAAAAUGUGCAGAGUAAUAAACUAAUUUGACCAUGAUAAGGGAGAAGUGUUUUUUUUCUUCCGUUCAUUCAUUUUUCUAGAUCUGGCCAUUGUAGGGAAGGGCAGCAUUUAUUGUCCAUCUCUAAUUACCCUUGAGAAGAUGGUACUGAGGGUCACCUUGAAUUAUUGUAGUCCUUCUUGUCAAGGUGCAUCCACAGCACUGUUGGAUAAGGAGAACCAGAAUGUAGACCCUGUGAACUUGGAGGAAAACCUACAGGCAAUGGUGUUCCUUUGUGCUUACUGCCUUUGUCUUCCUUGGUGGAAGGGUUUGGGAGGUGUUGUCGAAAUAACUGAUAUCAUUUACUGCAGUACAUUAUAUAGAUGGUACAUACUGCAUCCACAGUGAGCCAGUGGUAAAGGGAAUGAAUGUUUAGGGUGGUUGAUGGGGUAUCAGUUGAUAGAGGUAUUUUGCCCUGGAUGAUACCAAGCUUCAAGAGAGUUGCUGGAGCUGCAUUCAUCCAGGCAAGUGGAGAGUAUUCUAUCACAUUCCUAACAUGUGAUUUGAUUGGUUUGAAGCUUUUAUUGCCUUACAUUUUGCCUAUCACGAUUAUAAUGAAUAUGUUUAUAUAUUGACGUAGAAAAAUGAAGAAAAAUAACUGACAAACUCAAGGAAAUUAAUCAAAUCUCUCUCUGAAACUGAAUUAAUGGGUAACAAAUGGAAUAUUAACUUAAAUAUCAAGGUAUUUUAUAUUCUGUUUAAUUCAUUGAUGUAUUCAUAAUAUGAUGGACUUUACUCUUCUUGCUGAGACUCUGGUGAAAACAUUUAAGUGGUUUGAAGGUUAAAUUCAAGUUAAUGCUAUUGUCAGUGCACAUAAUUCUCAGCAGAAAUGAUGAUGAAUGAGGUAAUACUUCCAUAUAACACUUCAACAUAUCAGAGGCCUUCUGAUAAUAGAUUGCUAUUUGGUAUGCAAUGUGGUUAAUGUAGACAAAAUGACAGACAUUCUGUACCGGUAGCAUUCUUCAGACAGUCAAGAGAUUAAGCACUUUUUAAUCUCUGUUUUUGUUAGAGAAGGAAUGUUAAUCAGGGGAAAAAUUUAUCUUCAUCUUUGAAUGGUGGCAAAAGAUUAUUAACUGAGCAAACAAGAUCUGCAGCAUUAUGACACAUGUUUGGAACUAUACUGAUCUGGCAGAUUGGAUUAGGGCAUUAAAGUCGAUUAAGAAAUUUGAAACCAAUUUUCUGGCUGGGAAUGUGAUGCAACUGAGCUGAUGAAGUUGGUAAACCAAAGUUUUGGUUAGCCUUUUGAAAGGGAAUGUCUCAUUUUUAUAGUUACAAAUGACAUGCAGGCCAUUUGGCCCAUCAAGACGAUGGCAGGUCUGUGGAACAUUCCCAUUUGUCCCAUUUCCCUACUUAGUUCCCUGUAACUUGCUCUCUCUUAUAUGCCCAUUGACUCCAUCCUGAUUCUCCUACCACCCACCUACAGUACGGGUGAUUUUUCUUCAAGUAGUUAACCUACUGAUCAGCACGUCUUUGAGAUAUGGGAAGAAACGAGCACCUGUAGGAAAUUAACUGGUCACAGGAAGAAUGUACAAACUGUACAUGGAGCACCCAGGAUUGAAGCUGGGUCACUGGAGCUAUACACAGCAGCACUACUAUUGCACUGCUGUUACGCCACUCUGCCUGAUCUGAGUGAGCUCAUUCACCAACCUUUUGGUUAUUGGCUGAAUGUGCCAACCAAUUGUAGUGCAGAAACUGACUGCACUCCAUAUUUCUCAUAGUCCCAUGCAUGAACUUAAAAUUUGUAUACCAUAGUACACCAAUGUGAUUUAAAACUGUUGAGAGCAUUUAGUUAGUUAAGUAUAAAAGUGAGAGAGACUGACGAUAUGAAAACAUAUUUAAUGUAACCAAGUUUAUAUUACCAGAUAAAGGGAAUUGGGCAAAUCUUUUGGCUUUUAUUACAACUACUGUAAAUCAUGUAACCCUUCAGAGGAAAGGCAAAUCUGGGUUUUAGUUUUUUUUAAGGAUUGUUAUUUUAGAUUUCUGGUACUUUCCAGCAAUUUAUUUUUGUUAACUGGAAAUGCAGAAAUUAAGAUGGUGUCCUUAUCAAUGUAUGCAAUAUUUGCACUAAUGGGAAGAAAAAUAAGCUUAAGCAUGAUAAUUUGAUAGACUAAUGUUUGUGCUGCAUUUUAAAUCAAAAAUGAUUGUCAGAGGCAAACUACACUGGCAAAAACUUUUGUUAAUAUGGAACAUUUUUAAAGGUAUUUGUAUAAAAAUGCUACA